GCUGGAGCGCGGCGCGCGCGGCAUGGCGGAAGCGGAAGGGAGUUCUCCGCUGCUGGUGCCGCCGCUGCCGCCCCCUCCCGGAAUGGCGGAAGUGGAGGUGCCGACGGCGGCCGAGACGGACAUGAAACAGUACCACGGCUCCUGCUCCGUCACCAUGGACGUGGAGCGGAGCCGCUUCCCUUACUGCGUGGUGUGGACGCCCAUCCCGGUGCUUACGUGGUUUUUCCCCAUCAUCGGCCACAUGGGCAUCUGCACAUCUACUGGAGUCAUUCGGGACUUCGCGGGCCCCUAUUUUGUCUCGGAAGACAACAUGGCCUUUGGAAAACCCGCCAAGUACUGGAAGCUAGACCCCGCACAGGUGUACGCCAGUGGGCCCAACGCGUGGGACACCGCUGUGCAUGAUGCCUCGGAGGAGUACAAGCACCGAAUGCACAACCUCUGCUGUGACAACUGCCACUCACAUGUGGCACUGGCCCUGAAUCUGAUGCGCUACAACAACAGCACCAACUGGAAUAUGGUGACCCUUUGUUUCUUCUGCCUGCUCUAUGGGAAGUACAUCAGCAUCGGGGCCUUCGUGAAGACCUGGCUGCCCUUCCUCCUCCUCUUGGGCAUCAUCCUGACUGUCAGCCUAGUCUUCAACCUGCGGUGAUGGCUGCCAGGUGGCCCCAAGUCACUGGGCUCCUGAGGAGGCAGUGCCACCCUUUGGCCCCAGGUUUUUUCCUCUUCAGCCCUAGGAGAGACUGUGCCUGCCAUGUAGGACCUGGGGUCUGGGAUGGGGGACAGAAGUGCUAAGGACAAGCGUGGGGCAGGGCUCUGUGCUUGCUGUGUCUCAGUGGCUUUUCAGGAGCUCCUUGUCCCCUCCCUCUGGGCCUUUGACCCACCCUCCUUGCCCGCCUCACCACCCUCUGUAGAGUUUUUCCUGCCACAGUGCCCAGUGCGCACAAGGAUCCACCGGCAAGGCCACCCUGUGAUGACCGCUGGCACUGGCCUCCAGCCAGGUGGGACACGAAGAUGCCCAUGAACUGAGCUACCCAGUGCCUCCCCAGUGUACUCCAAAGUGAUCAGAGGGGCUGGACAGGCUCCAGCACCCUCUGCUCUCCCAGGGCUCCCAGGGCCCAGCUCAUCUCCCCCUGCAGUGUGGGGCUGGGCUGGCAUGGUGGGUGGUGCAGUUUGGGGAAGCUGACUGCAGAGCAGGCAGUGUAGACUGCACUUGGCCCCAGCUGGGGGAUAGGCUGCUUGCAGGCGAUGGCACCAUAAGUCCCAAGUAUGAGAAGAGGGUCAGAGCAGCCAGUGCCCUCAUGGAGCUGGGAGGGGCUGUUCCUCCCACCUGACCCCACCCCCAUUUUCAGAAUGGUGGGGAUGUUCAGAUGGAAGCUGGUUCUGAUGAGGGGAGAGUCGAGGCUUCCUUUAGGACCCAGCCCUUGUCCACCUCCUCCCAGGUCUGUGACAUCUUGUCAGUUGCCAGAAGGGCCCUGUGCAGCCGCCUCAUCCCCUGCCCUAUGGACUCCUUUGUGAGGAGCUUCCUGGCAGGACAAUAAAGAGCUUUGAGUCCA